UGUCGCGAACUGUUUCCGGACACAAUCGCGAAUUUUUCGCGUUCCGCGAAAAAUUCACGAAUAUGUGCGUGCGCGAUAGCGAUCGCGAUUCAAAUUGGGUAUUGCGAUUGUGACAAGAUUACUAUGGCUUCGCGACGCGCAAUGAAGCGCGGAUUCUACUAGGGUUCCUUCGAACAGCAAAAAUCUGAACUUUCUGGCUAUUUUAAAUUAAUAUUAAUUUUAAAAAACUCCAUAGUCCACUAGUCUAUUGGUCAGAUUUCAAGCUCUACUCUUAUACAAGAACUCUAAAAUGAAAUAGAAGAUCUUGAUAAAUAGGAAAAAAGUCAUAGUUGAUAGUUGUGGCAGUGUCUGAGACAUGAUGAAGUUUGAUUGAGAUCGAGCGCUCCAUCGUCUACCUCACGAACAUUGAGGUGACAUAAUCUUUCAUCCAUCCAUACGAUUUGUGUUUGAUUGUAAAUGUACUGUAUCUAUCCAUAGACAGAUCAAUAUACGCCUGUUUUCACUUCAUUAAUAUUGUCUUUUAUUUUAGUCUUACGAUAUAUUUCAUCAUGAAUCGAUAAAAAACAAAUAUGAUUAUUUAAUGCGUUUAGAUUCUGAUUCAUAUUUUAAUGAUUAUUUAUCAGAUGACCUAUUUAAAAUUAUUUAUAACCAAGAUUUACAUUAUGUCUAUCGUUCAUUAUACACUGAUCAUGGAUCAUCAAAACAAUUAAAUAUUAUUGAACAAGAUUUUUUUUAUCAUAAUGAUGAACAAAAACAAGUAAAUAUUUCAUAUGAUAAAUGUAUUUAUAAUAAUUUUUUUAUUAUAUCAUUAAAAUUUUGGCAUAAUGAUAUAAUUAUUCAAACAUUAUUAAAACAAUUAAUUCCAACAAAUUUAAUGAUUGAAUCAUAUAUUGGUGAUGGAUGUGUACAUGCAUCAAUGAUUCGUCUAGGAUCAAAUAAAGAAAAAACAAAACAAUUAUUGUUUCCUUAUGGUCACAAUAUGCAUUUUCAUGAAAAAAAUGUAGAAAAUUAUACAUUUAUAGAAAAUAUCAAUUAUUUUGAUGCUAUAUCAGAUAAUGUUUGUCAAAAAUUUGUAUUUAUUGAUAUAAACAAAAAUUUAAAAAUAAUUAAUGUUUAA